AUGUACGACGGCCUCGACCGGUACGGUGUUAUUCCCCUAAUCUCCCGCUUCACUACACCCCUGUGCUCUGCCAUGAAAGGCGAUGGACCGGCCAUCUUCAUAACGUCCGCUGUUCUAUUUGUCGCCCAGCAGGCACAUGUUGCCCUUGACGUGGGCCAGGUACUUGUUGUCCUGUAA